AUUAAGGGCUCUCAGCAUCCAGGGUGUAAAACCCACUGUGGGCCUACAUUAGCAGUUAUAAUAAUACUGCAGUUCUCAUGUUUAAGGGGAAUUUGGAAAGGUGGGUUUCCAAGUUGGGGGUCAAACCUUGGCCCGAGUUCACUCCCAUGAAGAUGAUGAUGACUCCCCAGCAAGUAGGCUACAGGUCCAUUCCCUCAGGAGAGAGACAUUGCCACAGUGUCAAACACUCUCCUAUUUUUAGCAGGGCUCUCUGAGGCUGCCAUGUUGCCUGCGAGGUAAAUGCUCGUCCGCCCCAGAGAAUAUACUGCGGCACUGAGUCAUGGUCCUGGUGUCUGCGCGCUGUGUGGCUCUCAGGUUCCCCGUGUUGCUUAAUUAGGACAUCCCGGAAGAGUCUCGGUCCUGUGCGCAGCUGAGUGACGGGGCAGGGAGGCAGGAGGGGAACCGCACGGCAGCAGCACACAGCCACGAAUCCGUCCAGGGAUACUGACAAUCCCAACAAAACAUCCCGACAGAAAUUUACCGCGGACCAGAGGAGGGAGGUUUGUCACCAUGGAAGGUUUAAUGGAGCGACUGGAGCGAGCUGUAACUCGCCUGGAGAAGAUGUCUGUCACCAUGCAGGCGUCCAGCGGCAUGGCUAACGGGGGCUGUGUCAACGGCAUCGAUGGAGGUUUGUCUCAGUGUGUCGAGGCCUUUGACGUCAUACUUAAAGGUCCAGUAUCAGACUACCUGAACCACAGCCGAGCCAUAGGAAGUGAGGUGGAGAAACAUGCGGAGAUGGUGAACAACGCCCUGCAGACUCAGAGAACUUUCCUCAAGAUGGCUGCCACGCACCAGGAGCCUGCACAGAUGGAGUUUCGUGACCUGCUGAAGCCAAUUUCGGAUCACAUCCAGGAGAUCCAGAGCUUCCGAGAACGAAACCGCGGCAGCAGCCUCUUCAACCACCUGUCGGCCGUCAGCGAGAGCAUCCCCGCUCUAGGCUGGGUGGCUGUGAGUCAGAAGCCGGGUCCGUAUGUGAAGGAGAUGAAUGAUGCUGCCACCUUCUACACCAACAGAGUGCUGAAGGACUACAAGGGAACCGACAGACGUCAUGUAGACUGGGUGUGUGCCUACCUGUCAAUCUGGACCGAGAUGCAGUCUUUCAUCAAACAGCACCACACUACAGGACUGGUGUGGAGCAAGAUUGGCCCCAUUGCUCCUCCUUCUCUCUUUGACCCCCCCUCCAUCCCCAGUGCUCCCUGUCCCCCACCUCCGCCUCCUCCCCCGGGCCCACCUCCGGUCUUCACUGAUGAUGACUCCCAGCCUCAGACAGGCAGUGCGGCGGCCCAGCACUCGAUGCUAUUUGCCCAGCUCAACCAGGGCAUGGAGAUCACUAAAGGUCUAAAGCAUGUAUCAGAUGACCAGAAGACCCAUAAGAACCCCAAUCUGCGCUCGCAAGCAACACCAACCAAAACAAAGUCUCCAGAGGCUGCAAACUCACCCAGAGCAGCCGUCCAGAAAAGACCCCCUCUGCUGGAGCUGGAGGGGAAGAAAUGGAGGGUGGAGAACUUUGAGCAGAAACACGACCUGCUGAUUGAGGAGACAGAGCUAAAACAAGUGGUUUACGUCUUCAGCUGUAACAACUCCACCUUGCAGAUUAAAGGCAAAAUUAACUCCAUCAUCCUGGACAACUGUAAGAAGCUGGGUUUGGUUUUUGAGAACGUAGUUGGGAUUGUGGAGAUCAUCAACUCCAAGGCAAUUCAGUUACAGGUGUUGGGAAAAGUUCCCACCAUUUCCAUCAACAAGACAGAGGGCUGCCAGGUCUACCUGAGUAAGGACUCCCUCACCUGUGACAUCGUCAGUGCCAAGAGCUCUGAGAUGAACAUCCUGAUACCACAAGGAGAUGAUGAAUAUAGGGAGUUUCCAGUACCAGAGCAGUUCAAGACUGUUUGGGACGGCUCCAAACUGGUGACAGAGCCCACUGAGAUGGCAGGCUGAUUGAUGCUUCAGCGUCAUCAUCACCAGCACACUAAUCAUCAUCAUCACCACCAUUUAAAACAAUCUCUCCGCCCCCCCUGAUUUCACUGGGUUUCAGAGAUAUUAAAGGGAUUUUAUAUGCAGGCACUGCAACAGAUUACAGCACUUUGAAACAGCUGAACCAGUGAGUAGGUUGAUAAUCCCAGUCAGAAUGGAUAUGGAUGGUUUAAGUCCCACAAACCCAUUGUAUUUACCUUUUCUUACAUUUCUGUGGCAUAGCAAUAAAGGCAUUUAUGUAAGAAUAUGUAAUUGCUGAAAUAUAAGCCAUUUUAUAAGGUCUUCUCAUCUUCAAAAUCUCAUUAUCUUCCGGAUUACCAUUAUUAUGACUGUUCCCUUUUUACAUUCAUUGUUGUGUUUCAUUGUAUGAGAGUUGAAGCACAGUUUAGACCACAGCAGUAGCAUGUUAUUUUACAGAAAAGGCUAAAGAUCACAUAACAUGCACAUAGGACAUUCAGUGGCCAAGCAGACAAGAAUAACUUAGUGUUAUUAGAGCUUAGUGUAGAACUAUUGGGUAUAUUUUCUAUCUAAUUAAGUGUAUCUUAGUUACUGUACCUUUUUAAAUAUGUAUCAUGCAUGGUAGUCACGUAGUACUGUUUCACUUACUGAGUGAAGUUUACGCAGCACUGUUCACUAUAUUUUGCUUUAACGGCAGAUGUCACAGUCUUCUUGCAUAGUGCAUAACACUGUAUGUAAAGUAGAAGCAAUCAACUCAGCUAACAAUACUGGGUGUUCAGCAGGAGACAAAUCAACUUGAUCACAAUAAUUAACUAAACACUUGGCUACUAAUUCCUCUGCAUAUUUAGAAAUCAGGUUACAAGCACUGCAUUUGUACACUUUAAAAUACUGACAGUAGUGGUAACUUUGACAAUUCCUACCCACUUCCUGUAGUCUCUAUAUUACUUUGUACAUCAGUCUAUUUUGUAGGAUGUAGCACUUGGCACAAGAAUAAGGGAGAAGACAGUGUACACCACUGAUGCUUUUCAAAACUUUUAAUUUACAUGAAAACAAUUUGAUGUAACUAUCGUUUUUCAAAUAAAAUCAAAACCUCA